CAUAGUUGGCGGAUAGAAAAAAGCUCCAUGUAAAGUUUCAAAUCCUCUUUUAAUAUUGAAUAAAAUGCCUUACAAGCAAAAGYUUGUAAAGACAUAUGGACGACACAAGUUCAGGACUGUUAAAUCUGAUGUUUGGGCGAAAUCGCCGGCAGUUUGCAGUUCUGGAAAUGAUAGCUCAGAUUUCGAGUCUCCGGCUCUUCGAAAACCACUAGUGACAUGUACAAACCUCCCAAACACCCAGYGGAGAUUUCCAAAUCUGAAAGCAAAGUCCACCAACGCUAAUCGAACCAACAAAGAAAACAUUUUGGAAUCUUCGAGUUCAUCAACUUCGAGUGAUUCGUCUUCAUCUCUUUGUGCACGCGUUGAAACUGUCCCCGARACCCCUCCUUGGGCUGUAGGUGGUUAUAAAGAUGAGAAAAAGAAGUCUGUGUCUGGAAUGAAAUGUUUAUCUGUUAGAAUUACGCCAACUUCAGCCGAUAGCUGUGGAUCUGGAAGGGAACUUUCAGAAAGUUCUUUAAAUAAAAGUUGUUCUUCAAGUUCAGCUUCUCCAGAGUUAAUAGCUAACCAGAAAAUUACUUCAAUUUUAGAAAGCUCUAGAAGACUUUCAGUGGCUUUAUCUUCUGCUUCAGUAUCAAAUCUCAGUUCUAAACAAGAAAGUUGUAAUUAUUAUUCCAAUGGUUCUGUAUUGUGUAUUCAGAGUUCUACUCCAGCUGAGCAUUCACAUAACCCUUUACAACUAUCUCAGUCAAAUAAUGAAAAUUCAAGCCAGACAUAUAGUACUUCAACACCAGUAAUAAGAGCAAAUUCAAGGAAUUCCCAAUUUGUGACAGUCCGAGGRGGUCGUGCCAAGAAUCAAAUCAGACAAAACCAAUUACUUUCUAUAUCUGAUUGUCAAGUCUUUGUUGAACAUUUGAAGAUAACACCAGAACAGUAUAACAUUGUAAAAUCAUCAUUCAAUGAUGGUGAAGUAUUGAUAGGAGAUGUUGAGUCAAAAAAUAGCUCAAAUGUCUCAACUGAAGAAGUCGGGGGAAAUGAUUCAUUGUCAAAUAACYUGUUUACUCAAAGCCUCAAUAGAUCAAAGACUGACAAAAAUGCUGCAGGAACGUCUCCAGUCUGUGAGAGUUUUGGCUCCAGUCAAAGUGAUUUAAUUUCUGACUGCGUAGUUUCAUUGRAGAAGCUUCGACUUUCUCCAUUUAAAGUAAAUGGAAGACUGGACAAGAAAAGACUUUGUGUUCGGGUUUCGUUGGAUAGUACUGCAUCGUCACUGUCAAGUAUUUGUGAAGACGAUGGUAACCCUGUUACACCACCAAGAAACCAGACAUCUCAUGUCUCAUUUUUGGAUGUUAUAACUCCUGGUGAGCCUGUAGUCAAYGAGCUGAAUGCAUUUGAUAAACUCCUACUAGAAUGUGAACAAGAAGCACCAAUAACAUUCAAAGAAUACCUCAAGCCAAGUUCCCUUAAGAAGUGUGUUAAAAUAGGAGAAGGUGUUUAUGGUGAAGUCUUCAGAACAGUCAAUGAAUACAAACAACCUGUAGCUUUGAAGAUCAUCCCAAUCAAUGGUGAUUUUGAGGUCAAUGGCGAACCACAGAAAACAUGUCAAGAGAUUCUACAUGAAAUUGUCAUCUCCAAGGAAUUGAGUGAGCUAGCAUAUGGUGCAGAAAAGCAAUCAAAAUGGUCCACACCAAACUUCAUCAGUGUUCACAGGGUGAGUUUGAUUCAAGAUGAGUACCCUGCGCACCUUGUUAAGGAAUGGAUGAAAUGGGACAAAAGAAAAACCUCCGAGAAUGACAAACCUGAUUUCUUCCCAACUGACCAACUCUUUCUCGUGUUUGAAUUUGCCAAUGGAGGACAAGACUUGGAGAGUUUUGAAUUCAAAUCGAUGGCCGAAGCACUAAGUGUUCUUCGACAAGUAGCCCUUUCUUUGGCCAUCGCUGAGACAAGCCUGGAGUUUGAACACAGAGAUCUUCACUGGGGAAAUGUUCUGAUUAUCCGCAAUGCUCAACAAGAUAUAGAGUACAUUUUAGACGGCGAGACAAAAACAAUUGACAGUUGUGGUGUUCAUGUUAGUAUUAUUGAUUUUACACUGUCAAGACUGAAAAAAGAUGRUGUAACUGUAUUUUGUAAUCUUUCUGAAGACGAGUCUCUUUUUACUGGUCAAGGCGAUUAUCAGUUUGACAUUUACCGUCAAAUGAGGAAAAUCAACUGUGAUAAUUGGGAGGCUUUCACGCCAGCAACAAACAUCCAAUGGCUACAUUACUUGACUGACAAGGUACUCAAGAAAAAGUUUCCUUCUCGUGAUCGAACGACGAGYUCAGCCUUGAGACGGCUCUUCAAUAACGUCCUGGGAUAUCAGUCAGCCAGGGGGCUCGUUGAAUCUACUGAUAAUGGGUUUUUGUAGAUGGUUUUGAAGUAAAGCGAGGCCGAAUGGAAAUAUAAUAGUUAUAUUGAUCAUAGAUCGGCAGGCAUCGUUAGUGAGAUGGGGAGAUGGCAAAGAAUUUGGAAAAUAUAUAAACACCAAAAACAAACGAAAAAUUGAAGACGACAAUGUAAUGAAAAUAAAAAGCUAGAAGGGAUAAAAAAAAGACGAAAAAUGAGAAUGGAAGGGAUCAAAAAGUGAAAUAAAGUGAGCAAAGUGAGAGGAAAAAAUGAAAGAAAGAAAAGAAAAUGCUUGAAUAAGAAGGAGGRAAAAAAACAGUGGAAAAUGUUUAGAUAAUUAUUAGCUUUUUUGUGCUAAUAAGUAUAUUGAUUUAGGAUUUCAAAUAUUUGUAAAUGCGCGACAACAGAAAUUUUCGCAGAAUGUAAAAAAAA